CACAGACAUUAUGCAGUCAGAAACACAGAUGGAAGCUGGGCAAGACUUUCUUGUAGAUUUUCUCCUUGAGUGAAAGCAUCAUCUAAGGCUUUACCAUGAAGACUACUGUUCUUUUGUUUACUGUGGUGCUCAUAGCUGUGUUGUCAGAGUGUGAGAUGGUCAAGUUUGGUCAGCUGUGCAGCGGCAACUCCAGUAACAGGAGGAGGACAGGAGACAGAUGGGGACAAGGACACUACGGCGCACGCAGAGGAGACCGUGUGCAUCAGGGCCUGGACAUUGUGUGUAAUGAUGGGGCCACAGUGUACGCUCCAUUUGACGUGAAACUCAACGGGAAAGUGAUCGUGUACACAGACCCGAAGAAGGCAGCCAUCAACGAUGGGAUCAACCUCAGUGGAGAGGGUCUGUGCUUUAAGCUGUUCUACGUAAAGCCUGACAAGUACUCUGGGGUGGUGAAGAAGGGCCAGAGGAUUGGGACCCUGCUGACCAUGCAAAGUGUCUACCCAGGGAUCACUUCUCACGUCCACGUCCAGAUGUGUGACAAGUCUGACCCCACGAAGUUCUUCUAAUGGAGUCCCUUUUGGCCUCUCCUACAAUCAAUCAAUCAAUCAAUCAACAAAAUGAUUGUAAUCAUUGGCCAAUAGAUGGGCUUACUGUGUUUAAAAAUAAUAAUUUGCUUAUUAUUCUAAACAUUUUUAGUACAGUAUAAAAUACAUAUAUGUUGCACACUUCUGGAAUAAAGUUUUACAUUAACCCUAUAAGCAUCAAGGAGGAGUAGGAGGAUACGCCGAAUAUGCCUGAUGAAGAGCUCCAGGCCUGUCUAUCCGACUGACGCUUCUCCCUCCCUGUAUCAUCGACCCGCCCUGCACUACUAUUGCUUUUCUGAACAGCCUCAGCACCCUGUCAGCUGUGGAAGACCAUGUCAAGAUCUGCCACUACCCUACAUUUGUUUUGUUUAGUUUUUAAAGCGUAUUUGAGAUUCUCUGUAAUGAAAAGUGCUACAUAAAAUACAUCAAUGUGGGCAUGUUUGCUGGGUUGCUGCUGAAGAGUGGGUCAAAUUGGCAGUAGAAGGAUGCAGCAAGCUCAAUGAUGGCUACAAAAAGCGUUUGUCAGCAGUUAUCUAGGCCAAAGGCUGUGCAAACAUGUACUAGCUCCGGGGUGCCAAUCAUUUUGUCCAUGGUAUUUAUCUUGAGUUGGUUCUGCAAUGUCGAAAAUCCAAUAACAAGGUCUGGAGACCAAAAUAUAUUCUCAAUUUUAACUUAAUUGAGAAGAAAUAGGGAAUUAUUGAAUAAAAAAUGGCAAGGGUGCCAAUAUAUUUGGCUGCAACUGUAUCUGUUACCAGAAAGGUAAAAAUCUUUACUCAGUAAACACUGACGAUGAUGAGUUUUUAGGGUCUUUAGAGUAACUUUCAUCUUAAGCCAUCUUAGGCCAAUUUAUUUGUAGGUAUUUUUAGAUGCCACGUUCAAAAAGUUGUUGAAUUUUGAUGACACAAGAAGCCAGGAGAAUUUUAGAAUAAGUUGAAAAGCAAGAUAGAAAGCUGAAUAUGGCUGUUGCUUUUCAACACCUGCCUGUGUAACAAAUGAUGGGGACAGUAAAGGGAGAAGAAAAGAGGGGACACUGAAGAGAGGAUAAAAUAGGGGGACACUGAAGAGAGGAUAAAAUAGGGGGACACUGAAGAGAGGAUGAAAUAGGGGGACACUGAAGAGGGGAUAACAUAGGGUGACACUGAAGAGAGGAUAAAAUAGGGGGACACUGAAGAGAGGAUGAAAUAGGGGGACACUGAAGAGGGGAUAACAUAGGGUGACACUGAAGAGGGGAUACAAUAGGGGGACACUGAAGAGAGGAUGAAAUAGGGGGACACUGAAGAGGGGAUAACAUAGGGGUACACUGAAGGGAAGAGAGAAGAGCGUAACAAUCUCAAGAGUGGUGUGAUAUACAAGGACCAAAGUUGAGACUGAGGUGCUUUACAUACUAACCAAUACACUUGAACAUUAUCACAUUAACAGGUCAAAGACGGCCAUUAUGUGUUUUUCUUUAUUAUAUAUUGGUAUUAUUGUAUAAUGUACACCAUGUGUUAGGCACUUAUUUCUGUUAUAAAGUUUACAUUUAUUCUCUA